AUGAAACGAGAAGAUUUACCAAGUUUAGCGGAAGGUGAUUUUGUGUUUUGUCGAAAGGAAGACGUCGGGAUUUAUUUUAGAUCCAAGAUUGGAACGGUGGAUCUUGAAAACAAGACCCUUCAUCUUCACUAUUAUCACAUGUCCCAAGAAGAGGAUUUGAGUUUUGAAGAGGCUGAACAACGACUUUUGAAGUUUUCAAAAAGCAAUGAAAUUCGAUUAUUCAAUGAUAAAAAAUUAGGAAUGAAAUCUGGAAAUAUUCGACCAAAGCUUGAAAAAUUGGAAACCACCGGAAAGCCAUAUCAUCCAAACGAUAAAGCAAAUGAUGAUGAUGACGACGAUGCAGACGAUUAUGAAAAGGUUACAAAUUUUGAGAAGGACAAGCAAGGAAAAAGUGACGAAGCGAGCGGAAAACGAAAGAGAGAAGAGAGUAGUCUCGGCUCAGACAAUACACAGACUUUAGACUCGUCACAGACCUCUAAGGAAUCUACCUCGUUGAAAUUACCUCAAUUCAUUCGUCAAGAAUUGUAUAAGGAUUUUGUUCAAGUGAGGAGUGAAAAGAAACUUCACAAAUUGAAUAAGGAUCAAACAGUGGCUCUCAUUGUUGAAGGUUAUUUGAAAGAGUUGGAGGAACAAGAGGUUCCAGAUACAGAGUACGAUAUUUGCAAAUGUGUGAUGGAUGGAGUUGUGAACUAUUUCGAUAAUUAUUGUGAGAACUUUUUGUUGUAUCCUGAGGAGGAAGCACAAUUCGACGAAGAACAAAGGAAACGAAAAUCCAAGAAGGGUGGCUCCAGGAAUCAUGACGAAGACGACACAGUUCCUGCCUCUACCAUCUAUGGAUUGCAUCACUUACUGAGAUUGUUCACAAUAUUACCCAAACUGCUCUCUCGAAUGCCAGAAGGCAUGUCAUUAAGGCAAUCGACACAGUCUCUGAUUUAUCAGAAAUUGGAAGGUUUUUUUGGUUAUUUGGAAUUAUUUAUGCAAAAUGUACAAUAA